AGGGUAUUUUUUAGAUCAAUUAGGUCACUUUGGGAGGGAGCGGUGGGAAGAAACAUUUAGAAAACAACCUCUAUCUUCUAGAGCACACAGCAUGUUUGACCAAAAGUGGAGUAGGGAGGAAAUUGUUGUCUAGAAAUGGUAUGUAACCUUAUACCUAAUACCGUCCCCACAUUGCCUUAGGUUGGAGCUUCCUGUACUGCCUGGGCUCUCAGAGUUAAGUCCCACUUGGUUUGAGAUCUGACAGCUGAUUAGAUUGAGAUGGCCGACACAGUCCGCUGCUGGCUACUUCGGCACUUGGACUACCUGACGUUGGAGGAACUGAACAAAUUCAAGUUGUACCUGGUGAAUGAUCUCUCCCGGGGCGCCCUGGAGGAGGCCGAUCGCAUAAAAGUUGCGGAUCUCCUGGUCAGCUCUCUUGGGCAGCAAGAGGCUUGGGAGAAGGCUCUGAGCAUCUGGGAAAAGAUGGGCCUGAAGGAGCUGUGGGAGAAAGCCAAGAAGGAGAAUCUUGGAUUAGUUCCUGCUCCAGUUCUUCCAGCUUCCUCAGGAUCUGAAACAGGACAGCUACUAGCUGUAUCUAAUGUUGAAGUGUUUCUGAAAAAUUCUCCUUCCUCACCAGCUCCACAGGCAGUCCGGGCCAGUGCCACAGAUACACUCAAGCUUUGCUCCCAUGAAGACUUCCAAAGGCUAAGGAAGACGAUGGCAGGAGAGAUAUACCCAGUGAUGGAAAAAGUAGCCCGCACACGUCGAGCUCUCAUCAUCUGUAACACGAAGUUUGACUGGCUCCCUCCCCGGAAUGGUGCCGAAUAUGACAUCAAAGGCAUGCAUGACCUCCUUGAGGGUCUGGGUUACAGGGUAGAUGUUAAAGAGAACCUCACGGCUUUGGCAAUGGAGUCAGUGUUGCAGCAGUUUGCCUCCCUCCCAGAGCACCAGACUUCUGAUAGUACUUUUCUAGUGCUCAUGUCUCAUGGUGGGCCAGAUGGCAUCUGUGGGAAGGAUUACAAAAAGGAAGCUCCCCAGAUUCUACGUGUUCACAGGAUCUUCGAAAUUUUCAACACUUCUAAUUGUCCCAGUUUGAAGGACAAGCCCAAGAUCAUCAUCCUUCAGGCUUGCCGAGGGGAUAAUCCAGGGGUUGUUUGGGUCAAUGAUUCCACAAUACACUCUGCAGACAGCUGUACCCAGGACUUAAAUAUCUUUCAAAGUGAUGCUCUCCGUAAGGCCCAUGUGGAGAAGGACUUCGUUGCUUUCUGCUCAUCAACUCCAGAUAAUAUGUCUUGGAGAAACAUCCACAAGGGCUCUCUCUUCAUCAUCCAAUUAAUUAAAUACUUAAGAGAGUAUGCUUGGUGCUGUCAUCUGUAUGAAAUUUUCCUCAAGGUCCAGAAUUCAUUUGAGACCAAAGAGUUGAUCAUGCAAAUGCCCACCAUUGAGAGAGCAACAUUAACAAAGAAUUUCUAUCUUUUCCCGGGCAAUUAAAACUAGAAAGCAUCAGCAACAGUGACUGUUGGCAGCUCAGGAAGUCACAGGUGAUGCAGUACUUACAUACCUUUGUCCUCUGGAAUGAUGUUUUUAUCAUGGGAAUUGUCGGCAUUAUUAUUGUCUGAUUUUUCCUUAAACAGUCCAAUAAAUACAAAAUCAAAUAA